GGUCUAAAAGAACACCUGUGUUACCUGUAAUGUAGCAAACAACUAAGCAAAUGUAAAACCCGGAAGAAACUUGACAACAGGACAAAAAAAAAACAUAAUCUGAUCUUCCCGUAUUUGCAAAGUUUGAUGGUGGCUGAAUAAAGUUCUACAACUUAAAUACAGCCAUGGCAGGUGUGAUCUCACCAGCGGCCCCAGGAGGCCCGUUUACUCUUCCUUCAGACCUCAGGAUUGUACUGCUUGGAAAAGCUGGAGCUGGAAAAAACAGAGUAGCCAAAGCCAUCCUUGGAGACAUCGAGCUGUAUGAAGAGAGUGAAGAGUGUGUUAUAUAUGAAGGUGAACAGGCAGGAAAGAGUGUAUGUAUAGUGGACACACCAGGAUGGGACAGAGUUUCUAUAGAGUGCACUACUAAGAAGAUUAAAAAUGAAAUCACCCGAAGCGUAACACUUUGUCCUCCAGGCCCACAUGCACUGAUUCUGGUGCUGCCUGUAAACACUGGUGAUGUACCUUCUCAAAAUGAGCUUAAAUCAUCAAGUCGACAUGUGGAGCUGCUGUCUGAGAGAGUCUGGAAUAACACUAUGGUGCUUUUCCUGUGUGAUAGAGAUGUACAGGAAUCCACAAUCACAGCACACAUUCAGGAAGCUGAGAAACUACUGGAAAAAUGCAGCGGGAGACACUGUGUUAUGCGUCUCAGUGAAUCUGAAACGCAGGUCCAUGGGCUGCUUAAAGAGAUCGAGAGCAUGGUGGAAGAAAAUCUGGGUGAUUCCUUCCUGCCUCAGGUUUACUAUGAAGAAAUACAGAGCAAAAUACCAAAGGAUAUCAGCGAGUUGAAGAAAACGUAUGAGGACAGAGAGGAAAUGCUAAAACAAGGAUAUCAGAAAAGACUGAGUCAGUAUAAAAAACAUUCUGAGGAAGAACCUGUGCUUAAACAAAGACGUGGAAGUAUCACAGGAACUCGCCCAUCUUUCAAUGAAGAUGAAAACCAGGCAAUGGAUAUUCAUGCCAUCAAGAGCAGAUACCGGGAUGAACUUCUGGCACUUGCAAGAUAUUACUUGAAACCGAUAAGUCUGCUUGUGUUGGCUAUGAUUGGUGCUCUUAUUGGAUCAGUAGUCGGAUCUAAUUUUGGAGUGGUGGGAUCUGGUACCGGGAUCUUCAUUGGAAUCGUAGUAACAGUUCCCCUGGCGUUAUUGCUGAUUAGUGCUGCUAGCCUGGCACGACAGAGUUCAACACUUGUGGAAGUGGGAAAACCAGAAAACACUGAUUACUGUCAGUAACUCUGAUGUAUACUUAUAAUACAUAUUCCAGAUUGGCAGUGCUAAAAGAAAGGAAUAAGCCAUGUCAAGAUGGACACAGAAAAAUAUGUGGUGUUAAUGCUGACGCAAAGCACAUUUGCUGUUAAUUUUUAUUGCAGUUGACGUGAGGAGAGAGAGGAACGCUGUCACAGAGUGACCAAAACUUGACAGAUAUUCCUGCAGCUUCUUUAUUGUUGCUGUGUUUCUCUUGGUAACCUUUCUGAAUGUUUUCUUUUUUUUGGAUGUCUAGUCCUUGUCCAUUUUCAAAGGACAUUCUGUUGUUGGUAAUGUCACAUUGUACCCCAUUUCAUUCACUUGUUGCUGGGUAGUGUUCCAGUGUACAUGUAAUGUUUUGGAAGUUCUUUUUUUUUUCCCUUCCCUGUCUUUUGACAAUGAGAUGCUAUAUACUGUAAGUGUUGUAGGCUAUGCAGACCAUGAUUUCAGCAUUCGGAUAAAACCGAGAAGUUCUCAGGAAUAUCCUACAGAAAGAGUUCCUCUUUAAUGGAGUUAAUCAGAAUCUCUUAUUGAGGGGUGUAAGAUAAUUUCUUAUUUUGUACCAUUUCACUGAAACCUAAUGUUAUUGUAUUAAAUGUUUAUAGUAUUUAACACAUUUUAUAGGCUAAAAAAAAACAUUGACAGCAUCCUUAUUACUCUUUUUUCUGGGUUUUGAAAAACCUGCUAAACUUUUGUUUUAUUAAUUUAUUACCACAAAACCUAAAAAUAACAAUUUAUGACAGGGCAGCAUAUUUUCUUCUAUGUAAAGUCUCUGUAUAUUUUAUAUUUUUAUAGGCAAUUAAUUCAGUGCUGCAACAGAUUUUUUUUAUUUGAUUGAAAUCAAUAUUUUGAUGAAUCUAAUGCAAAUUUGUGUGUGUGUAUAUAUAUAUAUAUAUAUAUAUAUAUAUAUAUAUAUAUAUAUAUAUAUACACAAUAUACUUGUACAUGUGUAAUGACAAUAAAGCUUAAUCUAAUCUAAUCUAAUCUAAUAACAGUCAAAGAUUUGGACACACAGGAUUUGGAAUUUUUGGUGUGUUUUCAGUUCACAGGUGUGCCUUGUCAAGAGUUUAUUUGUGGCUAGAAACACUCAGUUAAGUGAAGAUAAAAGACAGUCCAUCAUUACUUUAAUAAAUGAAGGUCAGUCAAUCAGAAUAAUUUUGCAAAUGACAAUGCCCCUGUGCACAAAGCAAAUUUCAUGAAGAUAUGCUUUACAUGGGUUAGAGUGGAAGAUCUUGAGUGGCCUGUUACAGAUCUCUGAACUUAACCCUAAUAAACACCCUUGUGAUAAAUUGAAACACUGUCAUCAGUAUAUGAUUUUAUUUACGCCCUUGAGCAGAAAUCCCGACAAAUACACUACAAAAUCUAGUGGAACAUCUUACCAAAAGAGUGGAGGCUCUAAUAACAGCAAAUGGAGACAAUGUAGGAUGUUCAAAAAUCCACUUGUGUUCAUGCUUGUAUGUAAUGUAUAACCAGUAUACCUGUUACACAGAAGAUGACUCUUGUGGAUAUUUUACUAUGUUCUAUAAACCUUUUAGAGAAAUAUUUACUGUAAUUCACACAUUGUUGGUUUCUUUUUUU